UUGGAUGGAAUCUCUAAAGAUUAUCAUGUUCAGCUGAAGACUGCAGUGUUGAUAAACUCGCCAGUUUUCCUAGUCUGAAAUACAUACAGCGAGUUCCUAAAAAGACAGAAACUGGUUGGCCUCAAGGGAGGCAGGAUCCGCCUCGCCCAGUGAGGGAGGCUGUGCUGACGCGUCCUCAGUGCCCUGUUGUCAACACCCUGGGAAGUGUCUGCAGAAUCAGCGGCCCGCCGAGCUGGCUGGUGCUCUUCCAGGGCUGCGCGAGUUUCCCCACAGCGGACUCUGAGCCGGGUGAAGACAGACGUGCCUGCCCAGAGGGGCCCUAGUUGCCCUACACUCAGCCAGCCAAUAGCCCUGAUACUUGGGCGGGACCUCGGAGUACCGGGCCAAUGGGAGUGCGGCAGGGCAAGGGGGCGAGCCUGAUAGCGGGGCUGCGGCGUUUCGCAGGCCAUGUGGGACCCUCGCGGAGCUGAGGCGUGCGCGGCGGCGCUGGGCGGCGCGGUCCUCUUGCUGCUCUUCGCGCUGGGGGUCCGCCAGCUGCUGAAGCAGAGGCGGCCGACGGGCUUCCCCCCGGGGCCGUCGGGGCUGCCAUUUAUAGGCAACAUCUACUCGCUGGCCGCCUCAGCCGAGCUCCCCCAUGUCUACAUGAGAAAGCAGAGCCAGGUGUACGGCGAGAUCUUCAGUUUAGAUCUUGGAGGUAUAUCAACUGUGGUUCUAAAUGGCUAUGAUGUAGUAAAGGAAUGCCUUGUUCAUCAAAGUGAAAUUUUUGCAGAUAGACCAUGCCUUCCUUUAUUCAUGAAGAUGACAAAAAUGGGAGGCUUACUUAAUGCCAGAUAUGGCCGAGGAUGGGUUGAUCACAGAAGAUUAGCUGUAAACAGCUUUCGCUAUUUUGGAUAUGGCCAAAAGUCUUUUGAAUCUAAAAUCUUAGAAGAAACCCAAUUUUUCAUUGAUGCUGUUGAAACAUACAAAGGUAGACCUUUUGACUUGAAACAAUUAAUAACAAAUGCUGUUUCAAACAUAACCAACCUGAUCAUUUUUGGAGAACGAUUCACUUAUGAAGACACUGAUUUUCAGCACAUGAUUGAGUUAUUCAGUGAGAAUGUGGAGCUUGCUGCCAGUGCCUCAGUCUUCCUGUAUAAUGCCUUUCCAUGGAUUGGCAUCUUACCUUUUGGAAAACAUCAACAGCUGUUUAGAAAUGCAGCUGUGGUCUAUGAUUUCCUCUCCAGGCUUACUGAAAAAGCUUCUGUCAACAGAAAACCUCAGUUACCUCGGCAUUUUGUUGAUGCUUAUUUAGACGAGAUGGAUCGAGGUCAAAAUGACCCAUCAUCUACUUUCUCCAAAGAAAACCUAAUUUUCUCUGUGGGUGAACUCAUCAUUGCUGGGACCGAAACUACGACCAAUGUGCUACGGUGGGCAAUUCUUUUCAUGGCCCUUUAUCCUAACAUUCAAGGAAUUUUCCACGCAACCUCUGAAGAUGCAGUUGUACGUGGUUAUUCCAUUCCUAAAGGCACAACAGUAAUUACAAAUCUCUAUUCUGUGCACUUUGAUGAGAAGUACUGGCGAGACCCAGAAAUAUUCUAUCCUGAGCGAUUUCUGGACAGCAGUGGAUAUUUUUCCAAGAAGGAAGCUUUGGUUCCAUUUUCCCUAGGAAGAAGACAUUGUGUUGGAGAACAGCUGGCUCGGAUGGAAAUGUUCCUGUUUUUUACAGCAUUGCUUCAGCGGUUUCACUUGCAUUUUCCACAUGAACUGGUUCCAAAUCUGAAGCCCAGGUUAGGCAUGACAUUGCAACCCCAGCCCUACCUCAUCUGUGUGGAAAGACGCUGAAAGUCCAUGGAUGUUUUAUGGAACAAGACUGUAUGUUUGCCUCACCCCUGAACCUUUUUUAAUCUAAUCAGUGUGUUUUGGGACAAAAGUCACAGCAUUAUAAAGAAAUUUAACACAGAUGCGUCUUGAAAAACAAUAUUAAAGCAAUAAUAGGCAUCAGCUGUGAUUUUUUUCAAGAUUUUAUGACUUCUAAGGUAGAAUUAUCUGUUGAGGAAAACAAAGGUGCAAAUGAUAAGUGUUGCUUAAGAUACUAAGAUAUGUCAUGGAUGCCUUAAGCAGAGCCUGACUUUUCUAUUGAGUACCAGGUACCCCUCAUCCCUUCUUGACUCCAUCUUGCUGCUGUUCUGGGGGCUUUGCUUCCAAAUGUCAGUGCCAGCUGCCUUCUGAUCAGGUAUUGUCAUUAAUUGUUUAUGUGGUACUAGGCCAGUUAAAUGAAGGACUAAAGAAGAAAUUAGAACCUAAAUAAAUAAAUGACUUUGGACUUUAGAUAUUUUAGACAUGGUGGCAAAUGAAAGAAGAUAUAUAUAGGGGGCCGGCCAA